UCUCUCUCUCUCUCUCUCUCUCUCUCUCUCGCUCUCGCUCUCGCCCAACCCUCCGAAGCCGAAGCGAGAGCAAUGGAGUGCGGCAUCCUCCUCCCACGUCUCCGCCCCAACCAUGGCGCCCCCCUCUCCUCCCCUAUCCCCUCCGCCUCUCUCGUCCCCGAUCGAAGGCGCCUCCUCGUCCCCUCCUCCCCGCUCCUCAAGAUUCAAAGUCAACUUCAUCCCAGGUUGUCUCUUUCUUUAGAGGCUCCUAGCGCAACAAGAUGUGAAGCUGCUGUAGCAAGUACCUACCAGGAAACUUCUGGUACUGUUGAUUUAGAUUGGGAUAAUCUUGGAUUUGGACUGGUGCCAACUGAUUUUAUGUAUGUUAUGAAGUGCUCUUCUGAUGGAAAAUUCACCGGAGGUGAAUUGAAGCAUUUUGGGCCUAUUGAGCUGAGCCCAUCUUCUGGAGUCCUAAAUUACGGGCAGGGGUUGUUUGAAGGUUUAAAAGCAUAUAGGAAAGAGGAUGGAUCAAUUUUACUAUUUCGCCCUGAGGAAAAUGCUUUGCGUUUGAGAAUGGGUGCAGAGCGGAUGUGUAUGCCGGCACCCACCGUCCAGCAAUUUGUUGAUGCCGUAAAGCUAACUGUUCUGGCAAAUAGGCGAUGGGUACCACCUACUGGUAAAGGUUCCUUGUAUAUUAGACCGCUACUUAUGGGAAGUGGGGCUGUUCUUGGCCUUGCACCUGCUCCUGAGUAUACAUUUCUUAUUUUUGUAUCUCCUGUUGGGACCUAUUUCAAGGAGGGCUUAGCGCCAAUAAAUUUGAUAGUUGAACACGAUUUCCAUCGGGCAACCCGUGGUGGCACUGGCGGAGUGAAGACUAUUGGAAAUUAUGCUUCGGUUCUGAAGGCACAGAAAAUUGCGAAGGAGAAAGGCUAUUCUGAUGUUUUGUAUUUGGACUCUGUCGAGAAGAAGUAUCUUGAGGAAGUUUCUUCCUGUAAUAUAUUUAUUGUGAAGGGUAAUGUUAUUUCAACCCCUGCAUUAAAGGGAACAAUCCUUCCUGGAAUUACACGGAAAAGUAUAAUUGACGUUGCAAGGGGCCACGGGUUUGAGGUUCGAGAGCAACUAAUAUCGGUAGAAGAGUUACUUGAAGCUGAUGAAGUUUUCUGCACAGGAACGGCUGUUGUUGUAUCCCCUGUAGGAAGUAUCACCUACCGUGGGAAAAGGGUGGCUUAUGGAAACUGCGGAGUUGGUGUUGUGUCUAAACAACUCUAUUCUAUUAUUACAAGUCUCCAGAUGGGUCUUGUGGAGGACACAAUGGGCUGGACUGUGCGAUUGGACUGAGUGCUACAGAUCAUUCGAUCAAAUGAAUAUUCACAGCUCACUUUUUUGUAUUCAUUGCUCUAGUAACUUUUUGAUCCACACUUGUUGGAUAGGUGAUACUUAUGGUAACAUUUAGCACUUUUUUAGCAUUUUAUUUUAAUGGUACUUUGGUUUUAUUACAUCCAAUGCACAUGUGUUACCUCCUAGCAUGCAAACUAGCGCCCUAAACUUAAUAUAUUUUACUUUAUUGUAGCUUAUUGGUGAUGGAAUUUAUCUGUUGAAAAUAAGAUGCACAAUAUAUGGGCAUGAAAACCGCCAUUCCUUA